UUACACAGAGCAUCAAUGGAGAAUCAAACUGAAUCAACAAACAAAAGAACCUUCGGAGGUUCUCUUCCCGUUGAAAAUGUCCAACAACUCUUCUCCAAAAACUCCAAACAAGUCCCAACUCGUUACCUCCGACCAGAACUCACCACCGACAAUAUCUGGUCCAAAACCUCUCUUCAAGUUCCAAUAAUCGACAUGUCCAAACUCUCCACCGACAAAGAAUCAACCCAUCUUCAUAUUGCAUGCAAAGACUGGGGCUUUUUCCAAUUAAUCAACCACGGAAUAUCACAAUCAAUCGAUGAAAUGAAAUCAUCAUCAAAAGAUUUCUUCAAUCUACCAUUAGAGAAUAAACUACUAUCCGGUCAAAUCCCAGGUUCAAUCGAAGGAUAUGGGCAAGCAUUUGUAUUAUCAGAGGAUCAAAAACUAGAUUGGGGUGAUAUGUUGUUUUUGAUUUCAUUGCCGGAGAAGAUUAGAAAGAUGAGAUUUUGGCCGGAGAAUCUUAGGGAUGCUAUUGAGCGGUAUUCCGGCGAGGUUAGUGGUAUUGCGAUGAGAUUGAUUGAGAAGAUGGGAGAGAAUCUUGGAGUGGAUUUGAUGGGUUUGUUUGAAGAUGGUGUGCAGGGGAUAAGGAUUAAUUAUUAUCCGCCGUGUAUUGAGGCGGAGAGAGUGGUAGGGCUGACGUCACAUUCCGAUGCGACGGCGUUGACUUUGUUGAGUCAGGUGAAUGAUGUUGAAGGUUUGCAGAUUAUGAAAGAUGGUAAAUGGUUGCCGGUUUGUCCUAUUGAUGGGGCUAUUAUUGUCAAUAUUGGUGACAUUUUUGAGAUAAUGAGCAAUGGAGAAUACAAAAGCAUUGAGCACAGAGUAAUGGUGAAUCCAGAAAAGGAGAGGCUGUCCAUUGCUGCUUUCAAUGGUCCAAACAUGAAGUGUACAAUCAGACCUUUCCCUGAAUUAACCAAAGAAAAUGGAACAAAAUACAAAACACUGAGCUAUGAUGAUUUUACUCGAUUGGUUGUGAACCGAAAACUCAAUGGUAAGAGCUUGCUGGAUCAGAUAAGAAUCGAGAAACAGAACGAGCAAAAUACAUGAAUGAUCAUUUG